GCGGGCGCCCUGCAGGGCCCCCUCCCCCCUCGGCCGGCGGCGCUAUUAGAAGUGUGAGCGGAGCGCCCAGCAGGGCUCGGAGGGGAGCGAGUUGGAGAAAAAGGCAGAGGAAGGAGGGAAAGGGAAGAAAGGGAGGCAGCGCGGAGCGGGAGAGCGGAGGACGGACGGACGGACGGAAGAGAGACCGGGAGCGAGGCGGGGAGGCCGAGCUCAGGCGACCCCAAUGGCCGCGGAGGAAGUCACUGGAGGGGCGCGAAAGGCGACGAAAAGCAAACUUUUCGAGUUUCUGGUCCAUGGGGUGCGUCCUGGGAUGCCCUCAGGCGCCCGCAUGCCCCACCAGGGGGCUCCGAUGGGUCCCCCAGGGCCACCCUAUGUGGGGAGCCCCUCUGUGCGCCCCGGGAUGCCCCCGGCCGUGAUGGAGCCCACACGCAAGCGGGCAGCGCCCCAGCAGGCCCAGCAGCAGCAGCAGCAGGCCCAGCAGCAGCAGCAGGCCCAGCAGGCCCAGCAGCAGCAGGCCCAGCAAGCAGCAGUGGCAACGCAGAACCGGCCCCGGAGUGCCAAGAGGAGGAAAAUGGCAGACAAAAUACUCCCUCAGAGGAUCCGGGAGCUGGUCCCCGAGUCCCAAGCCUACAUGGACCUCCUGGCCUUUGAGCGUAAACUGGACCAGACUAUCAUGCGAAAGCGAGUGGACAUCCAGGAGGCCCUGAAGAGACCGAUGAAGCAAAAACGGAAGUUGCGCCUUUACAUCUCCAACACCUUCAACCCGGCCAAAUCGGACGCGGAUGACUCGGAGGGCAGCAUUGCCUCGUGGGAGCUGCGCGUGGAGGGCAAGCUGCUGGACGAUGUACGCCCGGGCCGUCCUUCUCCGCCGUCUCUUUUCCUGCUGGCUGGGCGGGGGCUGCUUGGGCCGGACGCAGCCGCUCCGGAGGGGCCGUGCAGAGGAGGCCCUCAGCCAAGGCAGAAGUGGACCUGGAGCAGGACACGGAGGCUCAGUAAGCAGAAGCGGAAGUUUUCCUCUUUUUUCAAGAGUUUGGUCAUUGAGCUGGACAAGGAUCUCUAUGGACCGGACAAUCACCUGGUGGAGUGGCACCGGACCCCCACCACCCAGGAGACGGAUGGGUUCCAGGUGAAGAGGCCCGGGGACGUCAGCGUCCGCUGCACCCUCCUGCUCAUGCUGGAUUACCAGCCGCCACAGUUUAAGCUGGAUCCUCGCCUGGCCCGGCUGCUGGGCAUCCACACGCAGACGCGCUCCGCCAUCAUCCAGGCGCUCUGGCAGUACAUCAAGACGAACAAGCUGCAGGACUCCCACGACAAGGAGUACAUCAAUUGCGACAAGUACUUCCAGCAGAUCUUUGACUGCCCACGGCUAAAGUUUUCCGAAAUCCCGCAGAGGCUCACGAACCUGCUGCUGCCACCAGACCCCAUUGUCAUCAACCAUAUCAUCAGUGUGGACCCCAAUGAUCAGAAGAAGACGGCCUGCUAUGAUAUCGAUGUGGAAGUGGAGGAUCCCCUCAAGGGCCAGAUGAGCGGAUUCCUCCUCUCAACAGCAAAUCAACAGGAGAUCACCGCUCUGGACAACAAGAUUCAUGAGACAAUUGAAUCCAUCAACCAGUUGAAGAUACAGCGAGAUUUCAUGCUGAGCUUCUCCAAAGACCCCAAAGGCUACAUCCAAGACCUCCUCCGGUCCCAGAGCCGGGAUCUCAAGGUGAUGACGGACGUGGCGGGGAACCCCGAAGAGGAGCGCAGGGCGGAGUUCUACCAGGAGCCCUGGUCCCAGGAGGCGGUCAGCCGCUACUUCUACUGCAAGAUCCAGCAGCGGCGUCAAGAAUUGGAGCAAUCUCUGGGGGUGCGCAACACAUAAGUGGUUGGGGGCAAGGUCAUGCAGACCCUCCGCCCCCCCACUCCACCGGAGGACGCCUCAGUGUUACGUAGCUCCCCGUUCCAUAGAGCAUGGACCGACUUCAUGACCAGCCGGGGGCUUCCGCGCACCACCAGCCUCACCAGCUUUAGAGUGUGUUCUGCCCCCCACACCCCUCCUGCCCCGCUGCCUCCUGCUCCGGCCAUUCCAGGCUGUGGGAAGGGGGAGGUUUCUGCUCUCCUCGUUCGUCCCCAUCGUCAGUUGCUGGAGAAUUACGCCUGCAUACAGCACACACAGAUCCUUUGGGAGUCAAGCCCAGCGAGGGUGGAAGGGCAGCCGAGCGGCACUGCCUUGAAGCAGGACGACGGACGGAUGGAUGGAGGCUGCCUGGCCGAUGGCUGCUCCCUGCUCCUUCGCUGGGCCUCUUGUGGUCACACGACUGGGGCCUCUCCCUCUGAGCUGAUGGAGGCCAUGGAGAGACCAGGGCCUGAGCCGGCUGCACUUGCCUGGGUGGCCUUUGGGGUGAGGAGCAGCUUGUGAAGCGACAGCGUGCUGGGCAGAGGGGACGGCCUCAUGGGCCAGGCAGUGAGCUGUGCCACCGUGGUCUCCCGGCCCGUUCUCAGGGCCCAGCCCAGCCCCCUCUCCUUCCCAUGGAAGAGAAGUAACGAGGCCGGAGUUCUGGCCCCUCCCUCUACAAGCCCCGUCCCCACAAUCAUUGAGUCAAAGGAGGGCCCCCCAGCCUCCCUCUGAAGCAGUGUGACACGGGGUGUGGGUGUGCUUUGAUGGAUGGUGGCAGUCCUCAAGCGUGGGGUGUGCUAUCAAGUACCACAGAAAUCCUCACUUUGUGGGGGAAUCCUGGAGCGGAUGGUGGCCAUGCCCUAAAUCACUCUGGCCUCCACCACGCAUCCUCCGACCAGCUAGCAAAGGGAGCCGGUUACAUCGGCUUGAUAGCCAAGACCAGCGCCGCAGCCGAGCCAGAGAGCAACGCACCUUCCGGCCUUGCUGGGGCCAGCAGGAGGAAGUGGAGGCCUGCGGGCUUGUAUGCCUGAAGGGAGCUUUCAUUCCUUGCUGGCCCUUCUGGCACAUCUGGCCCUGAGCAGGUGUAGCCCCCUUCCCAAGUGGCUGGGGCACAGGGGCGGGCCCAGAGCCCGGUUGACGGAGUGCUCGGGCAACGCUUUCUGCCACGGGGUCAGCAGCGUGGCGCCUCUCCCUGGCCUUGUGCGCACGGCUGUGGAUGGGCCUCGCAGGCUGUUCCCUGCCCCCACUCCCGUGUGCAAGCUGGAGCCUGUGAGGGAGGACUCUGCAUGGGAUGGCGUUGGCCCAAGGCCAGGGCCGUUUUUGCUCCAUCGUCAUGAAGCGGCCAAGGGCAGGUGGAAGCUGCUGUGGCUGAAGCGGAAUGCCGACCGACACUGGCACAGCUGUUGACUUCCUGCCCUCCUCCCCCCCGGCCAAUGCUGUGUGCUGCUCACAGAUCUACCUGGUAUCCAGGUGGGAGGGAAUGACCCCUCAGAGCCCCCUUUCCUGCUGGGCACAGGAUGGGCUGCGUCCCCCCCCCUCUCCUUGGGACACGGCGGCCUGUCAGGGCCACCACAAGGGCCACGCCCCAGAUGCAGGGCUGGAGGCUGUUAUGGAGGAAGAGCCCCCAGCAUCUUUCAAAUGGUGUUGCGGGAUUGGGGGAGGGAGGCGGCUUUGGCCACCCCCACAGACUGAUGACCACAGCCGCCUUCCCCAGCCUGCUGCUGCCUUCCAGACUUUCUCCCUGCGUUCCUGGCCAGGCUGGCUGGGGCAGUUGGCACUCGGAAGUCCAAAGUGCUUGGAGGGCACCAGGUCGGGGAAGGGCCUGAGUGUGUGUGGCAGCCUUGGCAGGAGAGGCUGAGCGAAUGCCCCUCCCCCAGGAUGUGGGCGGGGCAGGAGCUGGAGCUGCCUCUGCCACUGGUCCGUGCCUCCUGGUCAUCCUGCCUCUGUCUCCCAAGCGGUGGGUGGGGAAGGCAGCUAUUUGGGUCCCUGAGGGGCUGGGGAGCUUUGGCAGCCAGGAAAAAGGCCCCACCGGUACUAUCCAGGUCGGUGCCCAGCUCCAGCUCCCUUGAGAGGCAUGCAAUGCUGAGUCGGCUCCAGGCGUGACGCUCUGCUGACUUGGCAGAGGGGUGGGCCAGCCAUGGAAGCCCCUCUGGGCUGGACGGGCUCCGAGAGCAGGGCAGGCAGGGUGGGCCCCUGGGGUCAGAGCCACUGGCUCAGCGAGUCCACUGGGCUGGCCAACGUCAGCCAAACCAGGGCUGAGUGCAGGAGCGGACAAGUACGCGUGCCUCUGCCACCGGGUGCUGUCGGGCAACCAGGACUAGUAAGUCUGUUCUGGGGCAGAACAGUGUCAAUUAGCAGGCUUGGAGGAGGGAGCUGCCCCCCCUCCAUCCCAAGCCAGCCUGUGGGCCCACCAGGUGGGAGGUAGGAAGCACAUGACCUUUCCCAGGUGAACGGCCCGUCUCCCUGGAGGGGCCUGGGGAAGGCCUGGGAGGAGCUGACGCAGAGAG